AUGGCAGUGUACCGCUUUGCGAAGGGCGAGGCUUCGAACGGCACUCUUUCAGACAGUCUGGGCGAGGACUCCCUUCGGAGAGCGGCGCGGAUCGAGUACGCCAUCAAGGCGGCCAGCAGCAGCAAUUCGGUGGAUCCGAAUCAUCCGGAGCUGUCGAAGGCCUGGCAGCUGGCCUACGACUUGCGCGCGCACCGAGCCUUCCGGUACUGCUUGAACCUGAUGAAGUCCAUUGAGCCAGUGCUGGGCUCUGCGGGGCAGGUGGCCAACGAGAUCGAUCAGGUGGUGCAGGAGGCCUCGGAGGUUUAUGGAGUCCCCAAGGACCACAAGUGGAUGGAGGAAGCGCGGCGGCUGGUCCUGCAGGCUCGAUCCGAAGAGGCCAAGGUGAAGCGAAAGGAGGAUGCUGCGAGGAGAGGAAGAAAGUGA